UGCUCUAGUAUUUUGCAUAAAUACCUGACCAUGCCAGCCAAUGUAAUUUACAACAAUUAACAAACAAUACUUUUUGAACCAUCCAAAUCAUGGCAUCUUUCAUGAUACCAUUCAAAGCCCUGUUCUUCCUCAUAGUUGUCCUGCAUCAGUCUCCCACUGUUUUUGCUUCUUCAUCCUCCAUUGCUGCAAAUGAAACAGAAACUCUUCUAAAAUGGAAAGCUAGCCUUGACAACAACACCCAAACUUUGCUCUCUUCGUGGGUUGGAGGCAGCCAUUGCAACUGGGUCGGAAUCACUUGCGACUUGGCUGGAACCAUCACCGAUCUAAGCCUUCCAGAUCAUAUGUCGAACUUGAAAGGUACACUUCAUAGUCUUAACUUUUGUUUCUUCCCUAACCUGGUGUGGGUUAACCUUCGUAACAACUCACUGUAUGGGCCCAUUCCCUCACACAUUGGGAACCUUUCCAAGCUUAUCCACCUUGACUUGUCACACAAUAUUUUUUCUGGGAAUAUUCCAUCCGAAAUUGGCUUACUGAAAAGUCUUGAGUUGAUUUCCUUAUCAAAUAAUGAGAUCAAUGGUUCCAUUCCACAAGAAAUAGGGAAGUUGAGUUCAGUUUCCAAGAUCUAUUUCUAUGUUAACCAUCUACGUGGUUCUAUACCUGAAGAGGUUUGCAACCUUUCCAAGCUCACUGAGCUUGACUUGUCACAGAAUAAUUUCUUUGGAAGUAUUCCUUCUAAAAUCGGAAGGUUGAGUUCACUUUCUAUACUUGCCCUUAAUGCAAACAAUCUCACCGGUCCAAUACCUAUUUCUAUUGGAAGCUUGCACAAUUUGUCCCGACUUAUCCUCGUUGACAAUAGGCUCAAUGGUUCCAUACCUAAAGAAGUUGGAAUGAUGAAGUCACUUAAUAUGCUUGACCUUUCAAGCAACCAACUAACUGGUCCUAUUCCAACAUCUAUAGGAAACUUAAGUAACAUGGUAUGGCUCUAUCUGUAUAGAAAUCAGCUCUCUGGUUCUAUCCCCAAUGAAAUAGGAUUGCUUCAAUCUCUUAACACGUUGCAGUUGUUAACAAAUCAUCUCAAUGGUGUCAUCCCCACUUCCAUAGGAAACUUGACCAAAUUGUCCAGUCUUUUACUUAAUGGAAAUGUGAUUUCUGGCUCAAUACCUCAAGAGAUUGGAAUGCUUAAAUCUCUCAAUCAAUUGAGUUUGUUCAAUAACAGUUUCUCUGGUUCAAUCCCCGCUUCCAUAGGAAACUUGACAAGCUUACCUGCUCUCUACCUUGGUCAAAAUAUGUUCUCUGGUUCAAUCCCUGCUUCAAUUGGAAACAUAACGAAGCUUGUGGUGUUAGGUCUUCAGUAUAAUCAUUUAUCAGGGCCAAUUCCUUCGUUCAGCAAUCUUACUCAUUUGGAAUCAUUCCAAAUAUCGAACAACCAUCUUAGUGGUCCAUUACCCGACAAUGUAUGCCUCGGUGGACAACUCAAAAUGCUAGGGGCUAUUAACAACAAUUUGAGGGGUCCGAUCCCAUCAAGUUUAAGAAACUGCAAGAGCUUAUCCAGAGUUAGGCUUGAAGGAAACCAGUUGACAGGAAAUAUAUCAGAAGCUUUUGGUAUAUAUCCUAAUUUGAAUUAUAUUGCAUUAAGCAACAACAAAUUUUAUGGUGAACUUUCGCCAAACUGGGGGCAAUGCCAUAAUCUAACAAGCCUACGGAUCUCCAAUAAUAACAUUUCUGGAAAGAUACCACCUGAGCUGAAGCAUGCAACUCAAUUACACGAACUCGAUGUCUCUUCAAAUCAUCUCAUUGGUGAGAUUCCCAAGGAAUUGGGAGCAUUGACAUUGAUGUACAAACUUUUGCUAAGUAGCAACCAAUUUUCAGGCAAAAUUCCACCAGAGAUUGGAGUUCUUUCAAAUCUAAAAUAUCUUAACUUGGCAUCAAACAAUUUGAGUGGACAGAUUCCUAAUCAACUUGGAGAGUGCUCAAAGUUAUUGGACCUGAAUUUGAGCAAGAAUAAACUUGGAGAAAGCAUUCCAUUUUCAGUAAGCUACAUAAAUGGCCUUCGAAAUCUAGAUUUAAGUCAGAAUUUACUUAUUGGGGAGAUACCACAACAGCUUGCAAAAUUACAUUCCUUGGAAAUAUUGGACCUUUCUCACAAUAUGCUCAAUGGUUCCAUCCCAAAUUCUUUUAAUGAUUUGCAAAGCUUGACGGUUGUGAAUAUCUCUUACAAUCAAUUGGAAGGCCCUAUUCCCAACAUUAAGGCAUUUCAUAAGGCUCCAUUUGAUGCCUUAAGAAACAAUAGAGGCCUAUGUGGUAAUGCCACUGGAUUAAUGCCUUGUGUUCCUAUCACUAGCAACAAAAAGGGUCAUAGAAAAAGAACCAGACUCAUCAUUUUGAUUGUGAUUCCAAUCUUUGGUAUUCUGCUUUUGCUAUUUAUCAUGGCCGGAAGUUUCCUUAUUCUUUGCCAAAAGAACCAAACCAGACAAUCUGAGUCAAUCGAGGCACAACUUGGAGAUUUUUUCACAUUGUGGGGAUAUAAUGGAAGAAUACUCUAUGAGAACAUUAUUGAAGCCACUGAAGAUUUCAGCUCCAACAACUGCAUUGGUUCAGGAGGCUAUGGAGCUGUUUAUAAAGCUGCGCUACCCAUUGGUGAGGUGGUUGCUGUGAAGAAACUUCACCAAUCUGAAGAUAGCAUGAUUUCCAACAACUUGAAAGCCUUUAAAAGCGAGAUUCAUGUUUUAUCAGAAAUACGGCAUCGUAACAUUGUGAAGCUGUAUGGCUUUUGUUCACAUCCAAAGAACUCAUUUUUGGUUUAUGAGUUUGUAGAAAGGGGAAGUUUGAGAAUGGUGUUAAGCAACAAGGACGAGGCAAUGGAGUUGGAUUGGGAGAAGAGGCUAAAUGCUGUAAAAGGAGUGGCCAAUGCCUUGUCUUAUAUGCAUCAUGACCAUUCACCACCGAUAAUUCAUCGAGACAUUUCCAGCAACAAUGUUCUUCUGGAUUUGGACUAUGAGACUCAUGUCUCAGAUUUCGGCACAGCCAGACUUUUAAAGCCCGACUCUUCCAAUUGGACCUCACUUGCUGGCACUUUCGGGUACAUAGCUCCAGAGUUGGCUUAUACAAUGAAAAUAGAUGAAAGAUGUGAUGUUUACAGUUUUGGAGUGCUAACAAUGGAAAUAUUUAUGGGGAGGCAUCCUGGUGAUUUGAUUUCAUAUUUACCAUCAUCUUCAUCGGCAUCAACAUCGACAUCAGUACCAAAUGACAACCAACAGAUUUUACUUACAGAUGUGAUAGACCAACGUCUUUCACCACCGGUAAGACAAGUUGCAAAGGAUGUUGUAUCUACUACAAAGCUAGCAUUUGCAUGCUUGAAUGGCAAUCCCCAACUUCGGCCAACCAUGCAACAAGUUGCUGAAGCCCUUACCCGUCAAUCGUGUCCAUUGGCCAAUCCUUUCUCAAUCAUAAAAUUGGGAGAAUUAUGGGAUCAUGAAGUUUGCAAUGGCUAAUAUUAAGGUGCUAACAAUUUGAAUAACAAUUCUAAGCACGUGUAUUUGCUUUGAAUCUAUUUCUUUUUCUCUUCUUUGUAUUGAAAAUGUUUAGACACUCUAAUAAUAAAGCUUUUGUAGUGAAUCGGCUGUGAUAUAGAACAGCUGUGUUUAAGCACUAAAUUUGUAUGUUUAGGAUUUCCUAUUUCUAAAAUGUAACUAAUGGCCAAACAUAAAAUUUCAACUUUCAAUA